AUGGGGAACCCAAACAUACCGAUCCUCACGAUCCCUGCCAGAACAGAAACGCACACCCACACGGUGGUGUUUCUCCAUGGCCGUGGUGACAAUACGAAGAAUUUCACAUUCUCCCUCUCUCUGUGGCGCGAUACACAAGGCCACACAAUAUUCGAUCGAUUCCCUUCGUUCCGCUGGGUUUUUCCCCAGGCGCCCACCCGCGAAGCUACCAGCUGUUCCGGAGCAUGGCCUCCGCAGUGGUUCGACGUCUGGAACGUGCGCGACUUUGCUGACAGGGAAGACGUCCAGACUGAGGGGCUCAAGCAAGUCGUCCCUGUCAUCCGCAAUAUCAUUAGGGACGAGGCUGCAGCACUGGGAGGUGACUGGACGCGUGUGAUACUGGCAGGAAUCAGCAUGGGCGCUGCGACGGGCGUGCACACCCUUUUCAACUUGAAAAUACCAGCCGAAGGAGGAGGUAGGCUCGGCGCUUUCUUGGGAUUCUCUUGCCGUUGUCCGUUUGCUGGAAGAGACCUGGCUGGCAUGCGCAAUGUUCUGGAUCUGGACGAUGUGCCCGAGAAUGACACGGCGGUAGCGAAUACGCCAGUCUUGCUCGAGCACUGCGCCAAUGAUCCCUUGGUACUGGUGCAGAACGGCCAGCUCAUGCGGGACAUUCUGAGAGGGUUUGGGGCUCAAGUUGAGUGGAAAGAAUACUCCGCUGGUGGACAUUGGUUCCAAUCACCAAAUGGCGUGGAAGACAUGGCUGCAUUUCUACACCAACAUGUCUUGGGUACCAAGUCGCCGAACCAUUCCGGUCCAAUGGAUUUAUCUUGA